AUGGAAGUCGAUAAGGACCUUCAGACUGGUUCCUCUGCUGCUGUCCGACCUGAGCCUGUGUCGCUUCCCGAAUCCAUGCCGCAGGCAGCAAGAGGCGCACAAACGACGUCGCACAGAUCUCGCAUCCUCCGCAAAUUGGAUAUGCACAUUUUGCCCUUGAUGUUCAUCACCUAUGGCCUGCAGUUUCUCGACAAGGCGUUGCUUGGGUAUGCGGCGGUGUUUACUUUUCGCAUUGAUACGCAUCUCCUUGGACAGGAGUACAGUUGGGUCGGCUCAAUCUUUUAUUUUGGGUACAUGAUUUUUGAGUAUCCCCUGGCCGGCCUGCUUCAUUCAUUCGCCAUCUCCAUGUACCUCGGCUUCUUAAUAUUUACUUGGGGGGUUACUGUGGUGAUGUCCAACUUUUGUGUCAGUUUCGCUGGGCUUAUGAUCAGCCGGUUUGUUCUAGGGACACUGGAAGGUGCUGUAGCACCCUGCUUUUUGGUCAUCAUAGGUGGGUCUGUCUUUGAAAUGAACUUUUUCCACGCUGACUGCUCUACUUUAGCCCAUUGGUAUACACUCGAAGAGCAACCCCUUCGACAAGUCCUUUGGUUUCUCGGUACUCCCGUGUUCGGCAUAUUUGGCGGAUUGGUGAGCUAUGCACUUGGCCAUACCCAUACUGCGGUGGCCUCCUGGCGACUGCUAUAUAUUAUCUUUGGAUCGGUCACGGCUAUUUGGGGAGUUUUUUUUGCCUGUGCAUUUCCGUCAUCACCCGGCCAGGCAAGAUUCCUGACCGAACAUGAGCGGACAGAUGCAACACUACGGGUAUUGAGCUUUCCCCCGAAUACCUGCACAUAA